CGAGGCCACACCCACGUGGGCGGGGCCGGGCAGAGGCGGAAGCCGGGCAGAGAAGAGCAGAGGAGGCCCAGCGCGUCUCGGGAGAUUUCAAAAUGGCUUCUACUCCUGAUGUCCUUCAGAGUUAUGAAGAGAUGUUUAUUCAUCGGUUUACAUCAGAAGACAAGGAAUAUCAGAAAUAUGCCCACAGCCCUGCAGAUCCACCUCCAGUAGUAGAAGAUUGGUUAAACAGAGAACGCAAAGUACCUUCCACACUUGAGAUCCUUCAGAAUUACGAAAAGAUGUUUGCCCAUCGAUUUACGUUGGAAGAUGAAGAAUAUCAGAAAUAUGUCCAGCGCCCUGCAGACCUGCCUCCUCUAGUAGGAGACUGGAGAAGCAGAUCGGGUGGUAGCCAACGUUACAGAGAUCGGUUCCGAGACAGCGGACGGUUCAGAGGCAGAGGGGAGAGAUACGACCGGCAAGGGGGCUAUCGGUCUGGUCAGUGGCAAGAAAGAGGCUGGGGGAACAGCUACCAGCAGCAAAGACAGGCGCCUUAUGCCCAGCAUGGACGAUCACCCCACUAUGGUUACAGUUCUUACUCUUCAGGGCCCCAAUAUGGUCAUUACUGAUAGGAGCUGUUAAUACAAUGGCUUGCAGUUGUAUUCCAGUAUGAAUAUGCUCUUUCUCCUUUGUUUUAUCAGAUGUGAACUUGGCUUUUAUUUAGUUUUAGAGUUUGUAUAUAAUGUUUGGUGGUUUUUUAAAAAACACAAAGCGUGCUGAUGUAUUUCUGCAGCGCAAGUUUAGCAAAGGUAGCAGAUAUUUUGAAACUGAAGUGCAAAAGGGUAAAGCUGUGAUUUUGCUGUUCAUUUCUGUUUCCUGUUUUUUGCCCUUGGCUGUUGGUAUUUAAUGGUUCAGGGAAAAAGAAAUUGGGUUUGUAUCAGAAAGAUUUGACAAGAGCCCUAAGCAUAAAGGUUGGGCUGUUUUUUCUGAAAUCCUGACUCAUACUUUGUUUUUGCUAAUAGGCAGAUGUAUUGCUGAUUUUAAUCUUUCGUCAUGCGAGACAAACAGGCAGGCUGCAUUUUUUGUACGUUGUUUGCCUUCCGCUAAUAAAUAGGCUUGUGUUUUUCAGUUUCA